UGUUGGUCGUGCUGGCAGGCAGCAAAGAUAUUGCUUGGUAAUAGACAUAUGGAGAGUAGGCUAGUUGCCUAAAACCUCUACCUUCUUCCAGGGGUGUUCAGAAGGACUCCUGAUUUUGUAAACUUUACAGAUAUCACAUUCAAUUAGGAAGAAUGUUGAGGAGAACUGUUUCUCAGCCGAUUGGACUUGAUCGGGUUGACCAGCUUGGCAGCUGCAUGUCCUACACUUCCAUGCAGAAUCUGACAGCAGUUUUUGCCAGAAGCAGGUCAAGUCUUAUGCUGGAUAAUGAUUGCACACCAAUCUUCUAUGGGCAAGAAAGUCAACAGUGGGAAAAUGAAGAACUUGGAUGGCAAGCCAUUACAAGGUGCAGGGCUCUAGGAUAUGAAGGACCAGAUCAUGAUGAGAUAAAGGUUUCAGAGGAGUGUAAUGAAGUGUACAUUGCGGAGGAGGAGGAGGUGUGGAACUCCUCUGACUUGAGUCUGGAGGAGAAAAGAGACAUUGUGGAGCUACUACACUGUAAAAACCGCUUUAUGAAAAGAAAUGCCGAUCUGCAGAAAGCUCUCGACGCAUGUGAGGACUCAAACACUCACCUUGAAAUGGAGAACUCUGCUUUGAAGAGCCAGGUCAAAAGUAUGAAGCAGUCCAUUCAGGAUGCUGAGCAGUUGAUGGAGGAGAUGGAUGUUAUUAGGGGGGCGCUUGCUGACAGUGAGGCGGCCAGUAGUAACCUCAAGGCCUGCAUAAGCAAACUGGAAAAAGAAAAUAAGUCCCUAAUCAAUCAGAUUGAAACAGUCGCCAAUGAGAUGUCUAAACUUUUGCCUGAGAGGGAAUCAGACAAGGAGAAAAUAACAAAUCUGACUCAGCACAUCAAGGCAUUGCAGCAACAGCUGGAGGAAACAAGAAUGCUGCUGGAUGAGAAAACUGCCGUUAUUAACAGUAAAGACAUGUUGGUCAACCAACUAAAAGCUUCCUUAGAGGAGUUUGCUACCAUGGAACAGACCCUGAAGAGGGCUGUGAAAGACCUGGAAGGCCAGUUGGAACUAGCACGAGUUACUGCAGGAGGAAGUUUCCUGAAUUCAAAAGGUCUGGUCUUAGCUACAACUGACAACUGUUUCUCUCUAGCAGAGGAACUGGGGUUGAUGCCAGGACAUCCAGAGUCUGAUGAUGAGGUGGAAGUAGAUGAACCUGCCAUGGUUGAGGAAGAAAAACCCAUAACAGUUGAGGAAGAGAAAGUUUUAAAGGUUGAAAAGAUUCUGCAGGUACCAGAUGAACCCAUAAGGUUUGAGGAAGAGAUUCGGCAGGUACCACAGGCAAUUAUAGAGGACCAGAAAGAAGUGCACAGAGAGGUCAGCCUUGAGAAUGACAUAGAGGAAGUCAAGUAUGAGCAGGUGGACAGGAAAGUUGGUCAAGAGAUGCAAGAGGUCACCAAAUCUUUGGAUGAGGAAGGUGUUGAACAGGCUGAAACUGUGGAGGAAGAGCAGAUAGGAUUUUGUGUAGCAGAGCAGGAAGAUACACCACAGCAUCCAAGUGUCCACUGGCUGGGCGAGGCGUACCACAGCUUCAGAAGAGGAGUCCUAACCGCCAGUGCAUUCAGCUUGGGUGUUGUGCUGCCUCUGAGUGUCGUCAGUGCCGCUCUGCCACCCUACCACAGUGGAUCUGGCUUGGGCUGCUCAGACUUUUUUUGGAGCACAGCUCGCCAAGUCCUGGGGCCUUACUGCACUGUCCAGAACAUUGACAUGCCACCGUCUUAAAACGAGCUUGUGGCACAUUACUUAGAAAAAGGAAAACAGAAGCUGUAACAGGAUAUUGGCACCCACGUUUCCCCCUUAAACAAAUGGUACAGGUUGCAAUUGUGCAUAUCAUAAUUUCAUUUCUAGUCUGUUGGGUGUUUAAUUUCAAUUCAAGUUUUCUUUUUUUU